AUGCCGGUUGGUCAGACACGACGGCUUGCAAACCGGCGUCUCCGCGUGAACAGCGGAUGCAAGACAUGUCGUGCCCGUCACGUCAAGUGCGACGAGGGGCGUCCCUCGUGCGCAAAUUGCGCGAAGAGAAAUCGACAUUGUGAAUAUGAUCGGCCCCAUAUCCACAGGGGCGCGGUGCGAGUGAACCCAGGCAAGAGCAGCCCUGCGACAAACAAUGCCGAAAGUAACUCCGAUCGUACUACUGCCUAUGACCAUCUCCGUACGGAGGAGCAUGAUCACGGAGACGUGGUCCUUUCCUUAUCUGAGAAGAGGGUCAGACCUGAUGCUCUAGGCAACUCGAGGCUCCCCCACAGGAACCCAGACGCCUUGCCCAUUUCUGAGAGAUCGACAACCCCUCCAACAUGCCUCGUUAACUUGAGAACCAUACUUCAGAACGGUGACCUUGGAAAGAAUCGUGGCUUUUCCGCUUCAGAACUUAUCGCGUCUCAUGACGUGCUCGGCCCAAGCAGUCUAUACGCAAGCGAACAUAUUCCACCUCAUAUUCCUCGGGACUAUGCCGGCAACCAACCGUCAAAUCUUCAUGUCGAGCAGGACCUUGUGCUCUCUGAUCAUGAAAUUCUGAUCUUCCGUAAUUACGUUGACCGUGUCUCUAAAUGGGUGAGCAAAGAUAGUUUUUGA